AUGCUCAGAGCAAGCUCGUUCAAAUCUAUGCAACUCAGACGGUUCAGCGCCUCUGUGCGGUCGCUGGCCGCGCAAAUUCUCUCGGGCACCAAGCUGGCCGCCGAGAUCCGUGCAAAUGCAAGAAAGGCGAUCUCGCAAGUGCAGCAGGCCAACCCCAACUUCAAGCCGUCACUGACAAUCAUCCAGGUCGGCAGCAGACCAGACUCCUCGGCGUACGUGAGAAUGAAGCUGAAGGCAUCGACAGAGUCGGGCAUCGAGUGCAACGUCAUCAAAAUGCCAGAAGACACAGCAGAGGUGACUCUUUUGAACAAGAUCCGCGAAUUGAACGAGGACUCCAAGGUGCACGGAGUUCUGGUGCAGCUCCCGCUACCAAAACAUAUCACGGAGGUCAAGGUCACCAACAGCGUGGCCACGGAGAAGGACGUGGACGGUUUCGACAGAUACAACGUGGGGGAGCUGGCCAAGAAGGACGGAGAGCCGCUGUUUCUGCCGUGCACGCCGAACGGGUGCAUGCGGCUGCUGGAGCAGACCGGCGUCGAGCUGGCCGGCAAGCACGCCGUCGUGAUUGGCCGCUCCGACAUCGUGGGGACGCCUGUUGCUGCGCUGCUCAAGAAGGCCAACUGCACGGUCACCAUGUGCCACAGCCGCACGGCAAACAUCCCGGAGCUGGUGCGCCAGGCCGACAUUGUGGUUGCUGCGCUCGGAAAGCCGAAAUUCGUCAAGGGCGACUGGCUCAAGCCGGGCGCCGUGGUGAUCGACGUCGGGAUCAACUACGUGGACGCCCCGGGCACCAAGAGUGGGCGCAAGCUUGUGGGGGACGUCGACUACGACUCGUGUGUCGACAGGGCCUCGUUCCUGACGCCUGUCCCUGGCGGAGUCGGCCCCAUGACGGUGGCCAUGCUUGUGGACAACGUUGUGCAGGCAGCGAAGCGCCAAAUGGAGCGCGAAUCGCGCCCCGUCGAGUGCGUGCCACUCCCACUUGAAUGUGUCGACCCGGUGCCGUCCGACAUCGACAUCUCGCGGGCGCAGCAGCCAAAGCACAUCACCGAGGUCGCCGAGGAGCUGGGCAUCAAGGAGUCCGAGCUCGAGCAGUUCGGCCACUACAAGGCCAAGGUGUCGCUGGCGGUGUACGACCGGCUGAAGGAGGACCGCGACAACGGCAACUACGUGCUGGUGGCGGGCAUCACCCCCACGCCGCUGGGUGAGGGCAAGUCGACCACGACGAUGGGGCUGGUGCAGGCUCUGGGCGCCCACUUGGGCGUCCCUGCGGUGGCCAACGUGAGACAGCCGUCGAUGGGCCCCACGUUUGGUGUCAAGGGCGGAGCUGCCGGAGGUGGCUAUGCGCAGGUGAUCCCAAUGGACGAGUUCAACAUGCACUUGACGGGCGACAUCCACGCAAUUGGCGCCGCCAACAAUCUGCUGGCGGCGGCCAUUGACACACGGAUGUUUCACGAGAGCACGCAGAGCGACAAGGCGCUGUACAAGCGGCUUGUUCCGGUUAAGAAGGGCCAGAGAAAGUUCACCCCAUCUAUGCUGAAGCGGUUGCAAAAACUGGGCAUUGCGGAGACCGACCCGGACAAGCUGUGCGAGGCGGACGCUGCGCGGUUUGCAAGACUCGAUCUCGACCCGGAAUCGAUUCAGAUUAAACGCGUGGUGGACGUGAACGACCGGUUCCUCAGACAGGUUACCGUGGGGCAGGCUCCGACCGAAAAAGGCUUCACGCGCAAGACAGGCUUUGACAUCACGGUCGCCUCAGAAAUCAUGGCGAUUUUGGCGCUAUCGCGGGACUUGGAGGACCUGAGAGACCGCGUGGGCCGCAUGGUGGUGGGCUCGAGCCGGGGCGGCGAGCCGGUCACGGCGGAGGACGUGGGGUGUGCGGGGGCCAUCACGGCGCUGCUCAAGGACGCGGUCAAGCCGAACCUGAUGCAGACGCUGGAGGGCACGCCCGUGUUUGUGCACGCGGGGCCGUUCGCCAACAUCUCGAUCGGCGCGUCGUCGGUCAUUGCUGACCGGCUGGCGCUCAAGCUUGUGGGGUCGCACAAGGGUGCUCCCGCCGGCUCUGCCGCCGCCACCAAGGGCUUCGUCGUGACGGAGGCUGGGUUCGACUUCACGAUGGGCGGCGAGCGGUUUUUCAACAUCAAGUGCCGCGCGUCCGGGCUGAAGCCGAACGUUGUGGUGCUGGUGGCCACGUCGCGCGCGCUCAAGCUGCACGGCGGUGCCCCUGACGUGAAGCCGGGCCAGACGUUGCCCGAGGCGUACACGCAGGAGAACGUGGAGCUCGUGCGCCGCGGGUGCGCCAACCUGGCGAAGCAGAUCGCCAACGCCAAGAGCUACGGCGCGCCGGUCGUGGUGGCCAUCAACCAGUUUGUCACGGACACGGCUGCGGAGAUAGCUGCGAUCCAGGAGGAGGCUAUAAAGGCGGGCGCCACGGCGGCCGUGCCGUCGAACCACUGGGCGCAGGGCGGAGCCGGCGCGGUGGAGCUUGCGCGGGCCGUGGUGGAGGCUGCCAAACAGCCGAACGCGGGCAACUUUCUGUACGAGCUGGACGGCUCGGUGGAGGACAAGCUGAGCGCGAUUGCGCGCAAAAUGUACGGCGCCGACGGCGUCGAGCUGUCGGCGCUGGCCAGAGAGCAGAUCGCCACGUACGAGGCGCAAGGGUUUGGCCGGCUGCCGAUCUGCAUCGCCAAGACGCAGUACUCGCUGUCGCACGAUCCGAAACUCAAGGGUGUUCCGCACGGGUUCACCGUUCCGAUCAGAGAGGUGCGGCUGAGCGCCGGCGCGGGCUAUCUGUACGCUCUGGCCGCCGAGAUCAUGACGAUCCCAGGCCUCGCCACGCACGCGGGCUACAUGAACGUCGAGGUUGUGGACGGCCAGAUCGAGGGCCUGUUUUAG